AUGUUACUGUCUUCUUCUAUCUUUGAUUACAUCUAUUUGGCACCCUUAGAGCUCGUCAGCGUAUGGAACAGUAUCAACAUCACCAGCAACGGCCAAGUUGAAUUUUGGAACGGAAACAGAAGCCUUGGCAGCAGAAACGUCGACAGUGCUUCCGUUAGCCAACUCAUUGUAGGUAGCCAGAGCUUUGAACUUGGACAGGUCCUUAGCCUCCUUGAUCAAUUUGGCAGUCUCGGUAACCAAAGCACCGGUCUCAGCACCAGAAGCAGAGGAGAUCAAGACGUAGAACAAAGAAGCACCAUUGUAGGUAGCAACCUCGGCGCUGACAGAGGCAGUUGCAGAAGUUGGCAGCGAUGCCUUGACGUAUGCAGCAAGAACAGAGAAGGUGGCAACGUCGCUGACUGGGACACCAAUAGCAGCAGAGGUUGGACCGGCUUGUCUGAUUCUGGCGUCCUGGCCAACAACAGAGGACUGCUUGGCGACAGGAGUCUCACCGGCAGGAAGCUUGGAGAGAGCGGACUCAGCAACAAACUUGUUCAAGUCGGCCUCGACCACAUCGGUACCGAUGACCUCGAUGUUUCCCUCCAAAAACACGGAUUUGGCGUACUUGGCAACGUCCUCGGAGGUGUAUGA